AUGCACCUACAGGAAGCUACGAUCACCACAGUCCAUCUCUACAGCUUCCUGAGUGUUGAUCACAGUUGUUACCAUUUCAUGCCCAUGACUUCAAACAUCAAAAUGAGGACACUGUGUCUGAUUAUGCUUUUUCAUGCAAGCCUUCAGCUCGAGUGUGACAGAAGGGACAUAAAGGAAUUUAUUGGAGGCCAAUUCAUUCUUAUCUGCAAGUAUGACACAAGCCGGUUCCGGUACAGUAAAAAGUACUGGUGCCGAGGGGAUUCUAGAAGCACCUGUGAGAUUUUGGUAGAUUCAGAAAGUAAAACUAAAAAUACACACAGGGCUCACAUAAUAGAUGCAGGAAGAAUAGGUCUGAUUGUGAAAGUCACAGAUUUCCAACUUGACAACGCUGGAGUAUACUGGGUUGGGAUUGACAAAGUGUAUGCUGACAUCAUGACUUCAGUCAAUGUGGUCAUCACUGAAGUUCCAGUAUCUGAGCCCAGUCUCCAGCCCUUGGGCUCUCUGGUGGACAGGCGGACAUGUUGGGGUCAGCCAGUGACCGUGCGCUGUGGUUGCACAAAGGGCACUGGCGUUCGUUACGCCUGGUACACACACCACCAGGAUUUUCUGCUUCACCACUCGUCAGACUUAUACCUACACUGUGGCACAGUGGAAACGUUCAGCGACUAUUACUGCAUUGCCAGUAAUGACAUAAGCAGUCAGCGGAGUGUUAUCCUCUCUGUGCAGGUUCUGCUGCCUGCAUACAACAGCUGUAUCUACGUCGUUCAUAUACAGGGCCAACCCAUUUAUGACUGUGCCGACAGAAUGAGCACCAGCACGGUCAAAACUCCACCUGUGACUACGUGCCAAGCUACCGUGAAAAUCCAAUCGGACACAAGAAACAGUUCUUUACUCAUCAAUCAAACUGAUCAAUAUAUGUUUUUCAACAGAGAAUGGACAGGAGUGCCUUUGUGGUAUACAUUACUGCGUUGGGGUUCUUUUGCUUCCUUACUGAUAUUUCUGUGCGUAGUGCUCAAAUGUACUAAAGCAAGACACAAACGUACCAAGAAGAAGAGGAGAGUUCAUGUGAGGCGAACGCCCCGGUUAGUAAAUUGACCUACAGUUUACACUGGUCAACCUGGUCUCACAGAAUUCCGUGAAAUGAACACGGCCCCUUAACUCAAAAUCUGACAUUCUGAAUAUAAUAAUUA